AUGGCCACCAGCGCAGGAGACAUAGAUCUGGUGAAGCUGCUGCUGGACAGGUGGAGCGACCCCGACUCGGGACUGGACGAGGCCAAGAAGGUGACGUACAAUGUACUGCUGUCCUUUCCGCAGAAGGCCAAGCCCAACUCAGUGACUGUGGUCUCCCCCAGUGGGACAGAACUCUUCAGGUCUCGUGUAAAGGAGGUGAAUUACACCCAGGAUCAACUGGACCCAGAUGUGGUGCAGCCCUUUGCUGCUUUUGCGCCUAACGGAACAGCGAAGGGUAAGCUGGUGUACGCCAACCAUGGGAGCAUGGCGGACUUCCAGCACCUGAUUCAGAAACAUCACAUUGACCUCAACGACACAGUGGCCAUCGUCAAGUACGGAGGCACGGGCCGGGUGGACAAGGCCAUCAAUGGAGCCCACUUCGGGGUGGUGGGCAUCAUCGUCUACACGGACCCGGCGGACAUGAACGACGGCAAAGUUAGCGAUGUGAACGAGACCUACCCCCACUCCUGGUAUCUCCCGCCCUCCGGUGUCGAGCGGGGAUCGUACAAGAAAUACUUCGGUGACCAGCUGACCCCCUACUACCCUGCGAAAGGGUAUUUUACACCCCCCCCCGGCGGGCAGAAGAUAGAAAAGCACGUAUCACCAGAGCUGAAGGGCGGCUUCUGUUAUCAGACUCUCGAACGGUUCUCCCAGGGUGGAGACACGUCUCUACCAAAGGAGGUGUGA